UGAUAACAAAAAAAAUUGAAAAUAAGGGUCGAAAUUGUAGUGGCUGAGAUUGGUUGUGAAUGUUGAACAGUUGGAUGUGGAUGCUUCUGGUCUGUGUGUGAUGUAGUAGUAGUAGUUAGUUGCAGAGGUUGCUCCCUCCUCCAUUCCUCUCUUCGACUACUUCUUCUAUUCUAUUAUUAUUAUUAUUAUUAUUAUUAUUAUACUAACUUCUCCUUCUCCUUCUACUACAAUCUCUUAUCUUUCAUUUUGUUUCUUCCUCCGAUCCAAAUACUCAGAUUCGCUUCUGCCGGAAAUGACUCGUCCGGCUGAAUUCUCAUGAACGAUCGCACUUACAAACUUCUUCAACAUGACUUUGAUACGAGGUUUUGGUGCUGUGCAGUUCGUUUUGGUGAGGAUCCUGAUUAAAGAAUUAUGUUGCGGUCGAUUCUUAUAAUUUGUUAUUAUUAUUAUUAUUAUUAUUCGUAGGGAAUGAAUGUUUAUGGUUUUUUUGAAUUGCUUAUUAUUAUUAUUAUACCAAACAGAGACGGAUCUCUACCUAUUUGUUUUUGCUUUCUUUCUUUUGCAGUAGCAGUAGCAGUAGCAUCAGCUUUUGCUUACUUUGACUACUACAACAACGGCUUUACUAUUUGCUGUGCUUCAUGUCACAAAAAACAAAAGGAGGUAUUAUUUUUAUCCACUCUUCGUCAGGGAAGAUCUGAAACAGCGUUAGCAGCUGCACACGUCCUCUCAUGGACGCUUACUCAUCUGGAGAAGAAGUGUUUGUUAAGACAAGAAAACCGUAUACAAUCACAAAACAAAGAGAAAGAUGGACAGAAGAGGAACAUGAUAGAUUUUUAGAAGCCCUCAAGCUAUAUGGCCGAGCAUGGCAGCGCAUAGAAGAGCAUAUAGGAACCAAAACUGCUGUGCAAAUAAGGAGCCAUGCCCAAAAAUUCUUUUCAAAGUUGGAGAAGGAAGCACUUGUAAAAGGUGCUGCAUUAGGACAAGCUCUUGACAUAGACAUCCCCCCUCCACGGCCCAAAAGAAAACCAAGCAAUCCUUAUCCUCGCAAGACCAAUGUUGGUACCCCAACAUUACAUAGUGGAGCAAAGUAUGGAAAGCCACUUAUUGCAGUUGCAUCUUCGCAUGGUAAACAGGCAAUGGAUUUUGAGAAAGAAUCACCUCCAGAGAAGCAUAAAGAUGAGGAAAGGCCAACAACUGGAAAAGAAAAUAACAACGAAAAUUGUUCAAAAGUAUUUACAAUCCUCAAGGAGGCACCCUGUUCGUCUGUCUCUUCAGCAAUCCAGAGUUCAAUCUCAAAUUUAGUGCCACAAACAAACUCCUGCACCUUGAGGGAGUUUACACCUUCAGUGAAAGAGGUAAUAACUCGAGAUGAAACAAACAAAUCUUUUCCUGCUACUGAGAUUGAAAAUCAGAUGUUGGAGAUAGAUGAUGGCAAACAAACACAUAAGACUGAUGGCACUUGUAAAACCUCUAAGUUGGAUAAUUCCUGUUCUCCUAAAUCGGUUCAAGUUGAGAAAACAGAUGGUCUUACUUCGGCAUUAACAAUAGAUGAGAUGCAAAGUAAUCAGAAUUACCCAAGACAUGUCACUGUGCACGUUGUUGAUGGGAACCUUGGAACUAGCACUCAAACUCCAUCACAAGAUAUGUUGAUUCAAGACUCCACAUUUCAGCCAAUAGGAGGGAUUAAUGGGCAACGUAAUCUUUUCACAAAUUCAGCUGCAUCAAACACAAGUGAAAGUCAAAAUAACAUGGCACGAUCCUCUAUUCAUCAAUCAUUUCCUCCUUGUCCUCCAUUUGCACAACAUAAUCAUGAUGAUUACCAAUCCUUUCUCAACAUGUCUUCUACAUUUUCAAGUCUUCUUGUCUCUACCUUGCAGCAACACCCUGCAGCGCAUGCUGCAGCAAGUUUUGCUGCUACAUUUUGGCCCUAUGCAAAUAUAGAAAGUUCAGCCGAUUCUCCUGCUUGCUCUCAAGGAGCUUUUCCAUCUAGACAAAUUGGUUCACCUCCUGGUGUGGCAGCUAUUGCAGCUGCUACGGUAGCUGCUGCAACUGCAUGGUGGGCAGCUCAUGGACUGCUUCCUUUGUGCGCUCCACUCCAUACAGCUUUUGCCUGUCCUCCUGCAUCAGCAACUGUAGUUCCAUCAACGAAUCUUAGUGAAGCACCACCGAAGACAAAACAAGGAGAUAUUACACUACAAAAUCCUCCUCUGCAAGAUCAGAUAUUUGAUCCAGAAGACUCGGAAGCUUUGAUAGCUCAGCAUUCAGCUGCCAAGUCACCAGCUGUUUCUUUAUCUGAAUCUGAGGAGAGUGGAGACGCCAAAUUAAAUACUUCAUCAAAGGCCACUAUUAAUCUUGACAUAAACCGACCAAUUUCUGAAAACCCCGAUCCCAACAAAAUGGAGGGCAGAAAACUGGUUGACAGGUCUUCUUGUGGUUCCAACACAACCUCUAGCUGUGAAGAGACUGAUGUGCUAGAGAAGGAUGAUAAAGAAAAGGAAGAUUCCAAAGCACCUGAGGCAGACCAUUUAGCCACUGAUCCUAGUAGUCGUCGAUAUAGAAGCAUUAGCAACCUUAUUGAUUCUUGGAAGGAGGUGUCUGAAGAGGGACGACUUGCCUUUCGGGCUCUAUUCUCCAGAGAGGUGUUGCCCCAAAGCUUUUCACCUCCUCAUGAUUUGAUAGAUAAGGAUCUACAGACGGACAACAUGAAGCAUAACGAGCAAAAUGUAGACGACAGAGAUCAACUUGACAGCAUGAAAUGCAGUUCUAAUUGUGACAUGGUGCAGCAAAACCUACCAUUUGUACAAAAUAACAAUGAGGAGGAUGGCCUGCUAACCUUAGGUCUUGGACAAGGUAAGCUUAAGACUCGUCGAACAGGGUUUAAACCGUACAAAAGAUGUUUAGUAGAGGCCAAGGAAAACAGGGUUGGAACGGCUUGUAAUCAAGUUGAAGAGACGGGUCCCAAGAGGAUACGCCUGGAAGGGGGGAGUUCUACUUGAUGCUUGAUAUAUGCAUGCAAUCACGCAAAGAAAAUCUUUGAGUUUUGCCCAUCAUUUCCAACUCCCCUUGCUCAGUGUUUGUACUGUUUAUUUUCUAAUUCUGCAGCUAUCGAAACUUGUUGUGUAGGUGUGUGUACCAUAUUAAAUUACUACCUACGUUCUUUUACUUUCUUGGACUGAUGUUACUGCAGUUAAAAACUCCGCUAAAAUAGCCUUAGAGAAGAAACCUUAAGUACUGUUUUGAGCAUUGAAAAUUAAAAGUAAUUUAUGAUCAUCCUUCAUUCUA